AUGUUAACUAACCAGCAAAGUGGAACUGACAAGGCUGCUUGUCAUUCUCACACGUGGAGCUGGUCAAGGAGAAGGCGGCUGAUAGGGAGCAAUGCGGAAUUAAAUAGUUUUAAUUACUUGGACCUGUAUAAGCUUGCGGACCUCUUCAACCUCACUUUGUUGGAGAAUGCGGUGGUUGACUUCUUAGUAAAACAUCUCUCUGAGCUUUUGAAGAAUCAUCCUGAAGAAGUUCUGGCACUCCCAUACUGUCUUCUUCGAGAGGUUUUUAAAAGUGAUAGACUUACUUCACUCAGUGAAGAACAAAUCUGGCAGCUGGCUGUGAGGUGGUUGGAACACAACUGCCGCUACCAGUACAUGGAUGAACUUCUCCAGUAUGUCCGCUUUGGCCUUAUGGAUGUGGAUACGCUGCAUACUGUAGCUCUUUCUCAUCCUCUCGUUCAAGCUAAUGAAACCGCAACAGCACUAAUUAAUGAGGCCUUGGCUUACCACCAGAGCGUCUAUGCACAGCCAGUUUGGCAAACCAGAAGGACAAAACCUCGCUUCCAGUCAGACACUCUUUAUAUUAUUGGUGGGAAAAAACGUGAAAUCUGUAAAGUGAAGGAAUUGCGGUACUUCAAUCCGGUGGAUCAAGAGAACGUUCAUAUUGCAGGGAUUGCAAACUGGAGUGAGCUAGCACCUAUGCCCGUAGGGAGAAGCCACCACUGUGUUGCUGUCAUGGGCGACUUUCUUUUUGUAGCCGGUGGAGAGGCAGAGCACUCCACGGGACGCACUUGUGCGGUGAGAACUGCCUGUCGAUACGACCCCCGCACUAACUCGUGGGCUGAGAUCGCUCCGAUGAAGAACUGUCGGGAACACUUUGUGCUGGGAGCCGUCGAUGAGUACCUCUACGCAGUUGGGGGCAGAAAUGAAUUGCGUCAAGUGUUACCUACAGUGGAACGCUAUUGCCCCAAGAAGAACAAGUGGACGUUUGUACAGUCCUUUGAUCGAUCGCUCUCAUGCCAUGCAGGAUAUGUGGUGGAUGGUCUUCUUUGGAUAUCAGGUAGAAAACGUUUCACACAGUUUGAGCUUUACUUGCUGCUCCUUUGGGACAAAUACGAGAAGGAAUCAAAAAUAAUAGAGUAUAAAAUCAUGGCAGAGGCAGCAGGGAAGGGAAACGUGCUGAAUAAAACGCUAUAUGAGCGUAAGCGCAUGCUGGCGGUGGGAG